GGGGCGCAACCGCUGCUGCUUUUACUGAAGGCGGACACUUUUUUCUGUGCGAGUAACUUCAAACCAGUCGGGCUUGCGGCUGAGCGGCAGAGGGCCACGGAAAGAAAAGUGCUAGGCAGAGUGGCUAUAGGCAGAGACAACACUAGGGUGAUACUAGGGAGCAAACGUGGAAGGACAUAAGGCAGCACGUCCUUGCGGGAUGGUACUUCACCUGGUAUAUGUCUGAAGAGGAAGCCGUUGGCAAGUUCCCUCAGACAGUCACGGAAGUGUUUGACGUCGAUCCCUUGGCAAUAAUGACAAACAGUACGGUCAACUGGUUUUUUGUUGGGGCCUACAGUUUCAUUUUCAUUGUGGGCCUUAUUUUGAACCUCAUUGCCCUUAUUAUUUUCUGCUGUUACAUCAAAUCACGCUCCACAGCCACCGUCUAUAUGGUUAACUUGGUUUUUGCUGACCUGUUAUUGUUGAUCAGCCUUCCUCUUCGCAUCUACUUCUAUGCUGGGGGUUUUUUAAGGGAGGGGAUCUGUAUAGCCGUGGGCAUGUUCAUGUUCAUCAACAUGUAUGGAAGCAUCUUUCUACUUGCUUGCAUAAACUGGGAUCGCUUCCUGGCAAUUUGUUUUCCCAUGAACAUGAGAAUCAAGGAAGUACGCAAGAAGGCUUUUUUUUUCUGUUUAGGAGCAUGGAUACUAGCCGUUGGUCCCAGUAUCGCAAUCAAAAUGAACAACAAGAAUGCAACCAAUGAGUGCUUUAACAACAAACCAAUCUUCGCCACCCAGACUGGUGCUGUUGUCAGCACCAUGAUUGUGGGAUUUGGAAUUCCUUUACUCUCCAUGAUUAUCUGCUCUAUUGCCAUUGUGAAGGCUCUUGCCAAAAGCAUGGCCGCUCAUACAGAACUUGUGAAUAAGAAGAAAAUCCAUCGGAUGCUUGUGGUCAAUAUCACUUUGUUUCUGCUCUGCUUCCUCCCCUACCACACUAUGCUGUUAUUUUUGCCCAGGUAUGAAUUUGGUAAUAAAAUGAAACUGUUCUAUCAAAUUUCUCUACUAUUGGCUUGUGCAAACACAAUGUUGGACCCGAUUGUAUACUACUUUGUUACAAAAACAUUCAGGGAAUCUGUGAGCAUGAAACCUUUGAGAAGAAGAAUGUGUGCUUUCAACAGCAGCAGCUCAGACGAGACCAAGCACUUCAAAAUGCCACUCAAUACCUGAAGGCCAAACUUUUCUUUAAACCUAUCCACUUCUUCAGAGUUUUUUUGCUUUAAGGCUGGAUUGUAAUGUAACCUGAUGGAUGGAUUUGCUUCAGGAUGUUGGCAAAAUUAUCUGGAGACUAACGUCUGCUCGACGAUCUUUGCUCACAGACUUGGGAACUCUCAACCCCAAGCCUUAGUCUCUGAAAUUUGGGCAUAUUUGUAGCUCAGCUUGCCACAUUUACACUUGCUGUCCUGUUCUUUGCCAAUCCAAUGCACACCAAUUCCAUUUUAAAGUUAAAUGUAGCAUAAUGGGCAGACAAGUCAAACAACUCUAGAAACACUUGGUUGUAUCAAUCAUUUAUACUAUUGUACAUCUUCAUUCACUAAUUCUUACAGGAUGUGGGGUGCAUUGACCCUUCUAAAUGUGGAGUGAUGGAUUCUUCAUUCUCUUGUUUUUCCCUCUUAUCUCACCCUGUGCCUACUUUUCUGCUUAAGCCCCAGGUACAUCACCAUCAUAGGUUCCUCUCCAUCAGUUGUCCUACUCCCUGGUAUUUUUCAUAUCCCAGUGCUCUGUUCUCUGUCCUUGGACACUUUUUUUGUCUUGUUUAUUCUGUGCCACUGGCAUUUUAAGACUAUUUCAUGGCCAUUCUAUUUCCUUUAACCCCUUAUUCCCUCAGUCGAUGACCUAUUAAACCUGAACACUCUUCUCACUACAUUCCUUUAUAUCCAUACUUUUAAGCUCUUUUCUUAGGCUCUGCCUCAUUUACCCUGUGCCCUAAGGUUUGCCUGAUUUUAUUUGGUCUUCUGGUUGAUAACAAGGAACAAUCGAUUGAAGAAGAGCCUUGAGGGCACCUUUUGUUAGUAGUGUUUAAAACACCAAAUGGAAGCCUUAUUAUUCUUACCUGAUCACACAGUGGUCCCAAAAUCACAUCGAGGUGGAGAAAGAAAAUGGACACGUUGGAGUAUCUUAUGCCAUGGAUACCUAGGAUUCAUCCCCAUUACUUUUAGGCCACUCUUAUGAUACCCACUUCUGACUUUUCUGACAUAGACUGUGUUUGUAAACAUCUGGUAUCCAGUUUUGAUGUUUUUGAUACAGUACUGAAUCUGAUUAAACUCCAAUCACCCAUAGACAAUUUGAGUAUAAGCAGUCAGAUGUAAAAUGUAUCAUCAUGUGACACAUUAACACAAUUAUGGCAGACACAGUGACUGCUUAGUGGUGCAGGAAGGGAGUAUACUCUUAAUAAAUUUCUGUUAUUUUGAAAAAGACUUUUGCUUCUAAAAUAUAGAAAAUUGAACAGCAUCAGUACUGUAGAAAAGAAAACAUUCAUGGGUCCAUGUUUACAUCUCAUCUAUAUCAGUGUGUCACAAAGCAUGCAAGGUGCAGACGUUCCACAGAAUAUGAAUGCAUCUGCAAAUGCUCAGGCCACUUGUAACCUGUGUAAUGUAAGCACCACAGAUGUCAGCUUACUUCACCCACUGUAAUUCAAGUAUUGACACAAGUUUGCAUCAUUUUCUAAAAUUGUCAUGUGGACACUGAUAAUUAGAAUAAAACACAUGACUUUUCUGUCCAUAAUCUUCCCCCAUUCCUAGUAAGUUUAAAAAGUUUUCAAAAAUUUAACUUGGUUGCCAGAAGUUAAGCCAUAAAUAGUUGAUCCAAGCAUUGACACGUGACCACCAUUUAAUAGCCAUAAAAUCAUGUUGCUGCCAGCACUGUUUGCUUUUUAAAGCAGUCAGACUUUGAGUAAAAUCUUUAGUGGUAUGUCAUUCGCACAACUCCAUACCCAAUUUCUGACCAUCUCUGAAAAUUGUAGCUGCUGUUUUAAAAAUAGUUUGGCAAAAGCAAUGCAUGGGUCAAAUUUGCAUAGGCCACACCCAUUUUCUGGCUAAAAUCUUCAAAGAACCCUCCCUCCCCCAUCCUCUGAAAUUAUAGCUAAUUUUUAUAAGGCAAAGGCAGGCAGCACACUACGUGACUUUCAGUUGGAAAAUGCUUUGGACUUAAUGACUGCAGUUGCUGGAUUUCAUUGCCCUGUAGAUAUCAGAUUAUUGACUGUCUUAUAACCUCUCAUUACAGUAUUAAAUUUCCAAAGUAUCACCAGUUUUGACAGUCAAGUGACAUGCUACUUGUGUUGGUGGCUGUACAAAUAAUUUUCGGGUAUGGUGAGUUAUGGUUUGUGCCCAUCUUCUUUCUUUUUCCAUUCUUUUGUGGUAUGAAAAAUAUGACACAUUGAAAAGAUAAGACUCUCUUCUAUUCUUGCAUUCCAAAACACCAAUUUUUUCUCUUUUCCUUGCAUCUGUCUUCUAUACCUUGUAGUUGCACACACCUGACUCACCCCCAUGACUUAAAGACAUUUGUUUAAUUUUGUCGUGGCUCAUUUUAGACAUCUGUGACUGAAUCACUGGGGAUGUUUGUGUCUGGUGUUCAUAGGCGCAAGUGGAAGCUGCACCAACUCAGGUUAUGUAAAUAAAGACUACAACUGAAAAUUUCUGGAAAAAUUGGGUAGUGGAAUAUGGGCUUAACAAUUCAUCUUGUGGAAAAGAUGUGGAUGGUAUGUAGUUUGCCUAAAGGCCUCCAUUUUCUUCCUGAAGUCUCAAAGUAGGAACCCCCACAUGACCAACCCAACUGUAGCACAUUUUUAGUAAGACUGUUGUAAUCAAAAGCAGUUUCUGAGAAGCUGGCUUGUGGGUAAAGAGAUGGUCAGUAUGCAAAAAGUCAACCCUAUUUUCUUUUCAGAAUCUAAAAAUGUUUUAUUUCUAAAUGCAAAUAUGUAACUAUUUAAGUGUUGAUAUUAAUAUUGAUGUAUAGUAUUAGUAAAGCUUUUUUUUCUU